AUCGCAACGUUAGUGUAGUCAAUGAAAUCGGCUACCUUCACGUCUAGUCUGGCAGAGCAGUUUCCCCGACCGGGAAAACCUACCAAAGCGCCCCUAGCCCAAUGGAAAACCCGCUAUGCUAUUAUUGAUUAUCCCCGAAAAUGGCGGCCGACUUGGAACAUAUGGACGUGACAUUCUGAAUUUUGGCAAUAUGAAAUAUCCGCUCUUGUGUUUUGUCAUCGUGUUAACAUGUAGCUAUUGUGCUUCCGCUGAUAUGGACUUAUAUCCGGAAUCGAAAUAUUAUGGACAAAACGAGCGCAGCGUUUACGAUGAGGCCGACGUGCCCUUAUCAAAUAAGGGAUAUGACUCUGGUGUGGAAGAUUACGAAGACAACACAAAGACGUUUCCCGGUGCGGAUUAUGACAGCCGCAGAUCUGAUGAAGAAGAUUCCGGAGAUUCUGGAAGGAACUCUUUGGACGGUAUUUUGAAAUUCCUCUACAGGAAGCAGAACAAGGGCCUUGAUGGUGCUGAUAAGAGACGUGGUAUCUUUCCCAGAUUACCACAGCAAGCCGAUCCUGAUGGAUACGAAGAUGAAGAUUCUGAUGGAGGCUUCGAUCAGAAAUGGUUGAACGAUGAGAUCGAACGCAACACGCAGAGAAUCCUGCAGAAGUGGCAGGAGACCAGCAGGAAGAAAAUGCUGGAUCAUCUGCAGAACUCGCUCUAUGAUGAUUCAUCGAAGACAUCGAAAUACGAAUCAGGAGAACAUACCACGAGAGAAGAACCAGCGCAUUUCGCUUAUGUUCCACCUGAUCCGAGAUACUACGAAAAGCAGAGUGAAACAAUUUCAGCAACGGAAGCACAACCAAUUUCUUCACCUAUUCAGCAAGGGUCCAACACAGCACGUCCAUCCGACAGCAACAACUCCAUGAAAACUAUAGAAGCUCCAUUGCGUAGAGAUCACACCUACAUCGAGGAUGCCUCCAGAAGUCACUAUCGUCAAGAUCUGACUCUUGGAAGGUCGGCUGGUGAUGUUGUUGUCCAACACAAAACCCUAGAUAGUGAUUCGACUGGACUCUACAUCAUAGCCAUUGUGGCAGGAAUCAGUGCCGCUGCAACGGUUGGUUUGAUCGCAGUUGGCAUUGGAUGGUACAACCUUCAGAAGCACGUCAAGAAUGCUACGGACGUAGACUAUCCAGCUUAUGGGGUAACAGGCCCUAACAAAGACGCGUCUCCUUCGAACGAUAGGAGACUGGCUCAAUCUGCUCAAAUGUACCAUUACCAACAUCAGAAACAACAGAUAAUUGCUAUGGAGAAAGCAGCAAAUGGUGAUCGUCAUGGUUCUGUGUCAGACGCAGACACAGAUGAGGAGAAUGAAGAAGGAGAUUACACUGUGUAUGAAUGUCCUGGAUUAGCACCAACUGGUGAAAUGGAGGUUAAGAAUCCCUUAUACCAAGACGACCCUACCCCAGCACAAACUCCUCAAAUUAAACACGGGAACAAGGAAUAAACAGCCUGGAGAAUAGGUUCUUAAAAUAUCUAUUUCUAUCUAUUUAGCACUCACCUGAACUUCGAUAAUUUAUUCUAUAAAACUACUGAUUCGUGAUCAUUCCUGAUCGAAGAAACUCCAGAAUUUUUCCUCAUUAUUAUCAUCAAAACUUCCAAGGAUAUCGGUUCAGUUUAUCACAUGAGUUAUUUCGAGAGCACCGAGAACACCACCAAUAAAAAGAAUUUUCAUUGUCAUAAAAACUUACUUGAAUGCUGGUGAAGCAUUGAAAAAAAGAAUUAUUUCUUUGUAAUUUUGCCAUCACUUUACAAGACGAUGAAAAAGAUGGAAUUAGUGACUCUCCAAAUUAAAGUGCUUCUGAAUUAAUGUCAAAACUCCAUAUUGCACCCAAUUUAAGGGAUGUGGAAGAAUAAAGACUUUUUUAUUGUGUUUACAUCAAUACGUUCGAUUGAAUGUGUAGUAACUUCAGUUGAUAUACUGUGUUAUAGUUUAUUUAAAUAUUUUAAAGAUGUUGAUUAUUUCAAAGACCAUAAGAAAUUAUAUUAUAGAUCGUAAACAUCAUGUAGAAUUAUAUGAAAGAAUAUAUAGUGAAUCGAGUAAGUUAUUUUUGUCUCCUAGCAAGACUUCCCUUGAAGUUUGUAGAAGAAUUGUGUAAAAAUAUAUAUAUUUAUACGA